AUGUACCGCAUCGCCAAGAUGUUGUGUAAUCCCACCUCUGGCCUGGAGGUGAAGGACCGCGUGUGGCUCAAGAUGACCAUACCAAAGUCUUUCAUUGGGUCCGACCUUGUCGAUUGGUUGCAUACAAACGUGGACGGCUUCAUCGACAGGAGACAUUCGAGGAAGUACGCCGCUCUGAUGCUCAAGCAUGGCUUCAUUCGUCACACGGUCAACAAGAUAACGUUCUCCGAACAAUGUUACUACAUCUUUGGUGACUUCAAGGCAGCUGCAAACUCUCUCCCAUCAGAGCUAACUAACCUCCACCUCAGUGGAGACUCGGGUGAGGACACCCUGGGACCCCUCCCGGGGGCCAAUAUGUGGGGGUCCUCCGACGGGGAAUUUUCACUGGCAGCCCACGACUUCUUCACGAAAGGCCCCACUCAGCCUCCCUCAACCUCUAGCAAGUCAAACUCACCAUCUCCAGCAGAAAACAAGGCAGCUGCCGCUCGCCACAGCGGCUCCUCGGGCAGUAGCUGUGCAGGGACUGGUUCCGGAUCCGGACCGCACCAGCUCUCCCCUCACAACCUCACCCCCGCACACCCACAAACUGCCGCACGCAUGAACCAAUUCCUAGCCGCAGCCCCGCCCCCCGGUGCCGAGUCGCCCGGCAACAACAGCAACACAAACAACAACCCUGUAAACGGGGCGGCGGUGCAUCCGUACCCCGUUAUGCGGAUGAAACACUCGCUGAGUACGUCUAGCGGUUUCACGAGUGUCUCGCAGCAAAAUUUACGCAUGGGGCACCCAGCUAUGCCCCCCGAUAGGAUCAGUCUGCGAAGCGAGGGGGCCCGUGGUGGGGGGCUAGGAAUUCCAGGAAACCUGGGGGCCAGUCGAGAAAGUUUUCAGGAAGCUCUUGACAACCCGUGCGAGUAUUUCAUUGAUGUCAUGUGAUGGUCAUGUGACCAAUUGUCUGUGAGAGGUCUCUAUCAUCAUGUACGUGUAGUGUUAAAUGUAUGUGGCAUCACAUGACGUUUUGUUUCCAUGGCACCAUUGCAUCAAUCAUCAGUUUUUGGCUUGUUCUAAAUAAUUAGCGACAAGCUUUUUUCCCAUUCAGUCAGACAUAUUGUCAUGUCAUCUUAUAAUAAUUACAGUUUCAAGAUUUCAUUUUGUAAUUAUAUCACUGCCUCAUUUUUUGCACUUCAGUAGGAACAAUUUACAUUGUGCUAUAUUAUAGUCAGCCAUCUGUGUAUGUAUAGAACUUUGUUGUUUGCUAAUGUUUCCUUGUUUUUCUUGGCCAAGAAAUCCG